AUGUCUGACGCCCCCAAGAUCCUCGUCGUCCUCACUUCCCACGACAAGCUGGGCGACACCGGCAAGCCCACGGGGUGGUAUCUGUCCGAACUCGCCCACCCCUAUGAAGUCCUCACCUCCCAAGGCUUCCAGCUGACCCUCGCCUCUCCCACGGGCGGCCCCGCCCCGCUGGACCCGUCCUCCAUCGAAGCGGCCUCCAACGACGACUCGUCGCAGCGCUUCCUCAAGGAGCAGAACGCGCUGUGGGAGGCGACGGAGCCGCUGAUCUCCUUCCUCGGGCGCGCCGACGAGUUCGCCGCCCUUUUCUUCCCCGGCGGCCACGGGCCCAUGUUCGACCUGGCCGUGGACCCGACCUCGCAGGCGCUGGUGCAGGAGUUUGCCGACAAGGGCAAGGUGGUCGCCGCCGUGUGCCAUGGUCCGGCGGCGUUGGUCGGGGCGGGGAAGGUUCUGGAGGGGAAGGCCGUGACGGGGUUUACGAAUGCCGAGGAGGAGGCGGUGGGGUUGGAUGGGGUGGUGCCGUUCUUGUUGGAGGAUCGGUUGGUGGAGGCGGUGGGGAAGGGAGGCCGGUUUGAGAAGGCUGCUGAGAAGUGGGGGGAGAAGGUGGUUGUGGAUGGGAAGCUGAUCACGGGGCAGAACCCGGCGAGUGCCAAGGGCGUGGGCGAGGCCAUUGCGCGGGCUGUUUGGGGGGCUUGA